AUGCAUCGUUACGAUGCUCCCGAUGUUUUUACCCUUUCAGAUUCGACGUGUGAAUUGACGACCUUACAUCUCAUGGAUUUGCUGGAUUCUUCGCAGCAAGGCACAAUCCAGCUGACGUCGAGCUCUGCAGUCUUAGCCCGAGACGCGGCAGAUAGGCGAGAAUCAGCUGCUUCCUCGGGCUGGUUGGCGUCUGCCGAUCCCCCGGCAGCCGCGCGUCGGGACAAGGUCGUUCCUCUCGUUGCCGUUGCUCAGAAUUACUGUAGCUCGCGUGCAAGACGACUAGUCACAGCAGCUACCUUUGGUCCGACGUUGCCGCUGCUGCUGUCAUUGACUGAAGGUUGCACAAUCCGUUCGUCGGCACGACAGCCGGGACCGGGAUGCCAAUCGGGCUACAUCGUCGUCGGCAUGCUUUCAUUUGUGUCAACGAGUCAGCGAGCGAGCGAGCAACACAGCCAGCCAACUCGAAAUCGAAAUCGAAAUCGAAACAAAUUGUCUGGCAAAAGCCACGGUAGCCAGCCGCUGGUGGACACCGCUUCGGCCUCCUAA